AUGAAAAAUAGAUUUAAGUAUUGUAUCUAUUCAAAUCUAAUUUUUUAAUAAUUUUUAUUUUAUUAUAGGAUAGACUUAUUACUUCUUAUUUUAAUUUGUUUUUUCUGGACCAAUAGAUCUCCUUUUAAAAUAGUUGUUGUAAUCUUGCGUAUCCCUGCUUUAAAAUAGCUAUCUGAAAAUAUUGAGCAGCAAUUACAAUUAAAUAGGUAGUAAAUCACAAUAAUAUAGUAUUUGAAGCUUGUUUCAAUUAUAGUCAUUAUGUCUCAUAUUUUUGGAUGCAUGUAUCUAAUUUUAAUUUAAUAAAUUAUAAAAUCAUUGAUUUAUUCAAUUUUUUUUUUUUUCCUUAAUUUUGAAAGGUUUUAUUAUAUUGGAGCUUAUUAUAAUCCUUCAACUGAAAAUAAUUGGGUCCAUUCUUAAAAUCUAGAAGAUAAAAAUAUGGUAGAUGUUUAUAUUGCUAGUUUUUACUGGGCAAUAGUAACUAUGGCAAGCAUAGGAUAUGGAGAUAUUGUGCCUAUGAAUAUUUAUGAAAGAAUUUAUGUAAUUUUUAUGGUGCUAGUGAGUAACUCAAUAACAGCCUAUACUAUUAACAAAAUAGGAGAAAUUCUCGAUUAAUAUAACAUACAUGAAAAGUAAAUAAAGCAAAAAAUGAUGGAAAUCACUAAAUAAUUAAAUUAAGCAAGCAUUUCCAAGUAGCUUUAAAUUAAGAUAAAUAAAUAACUAGAAUUUUUAUUCUUUCAUCAGCUGUAGGAAAACUAUUCUAUUAGAGAUAUUUUAUAAACUCUAAGCUUAAAUUUGUAGUGUCAAUAUAAAAUAGAUGUUUUUGGUAAGUUUAUUAAAAACUAACAAGUUUUUAAUCAAGUAUUCUCUGAAGAGUUUCUAUAAGAAAUAUCUUUAACAGUUGUAGAGAAAUCUUUUAUGCCAGAAGAAAUAAUAUUUGCAAAAAACUCUGAGCCAAACUAAUUAUAUUUAAUUUUGAAUGGUGAAAUUGAACUCAAUAUGUUUGAAAUGCAAGGAAAACAAGAUAAUUGGAAAGGAAAUAUUUCAAUUUAUAAAAAAGGCGAUAUUCUUGGAUAUGAAGAAUUUAUAAGUGGCGAUUAAAGGAAAAAUAAUGCUACUGCAAAAACAGUUACUAAUGCCGGCUGUAUUGAUUAAAAAUAAUUUUUAGAAAUAAUCUAAAAAUUCCCAAAAGAUCAUGAAAUUUUUUGUAUGAUGAGAGAUAAGUUGGUAAUCUAUAAAGAACGAAAUAAAUUGCUAUAAAGAUUAAAAUGCGCUUGUUGUAAAUAAUCAAACCAUGAUACUUAGUUUUGUCCACUAGUUCACUAUAUGCCACGUGAAAUUUCUUUGAUAUUGAAAAGCCAAUACUCAAAAAAUUAAGAAAGGAAAUUUUGUAAAAGGAGAAACUAAAAAUAAAAAGCAUAUACCUAAAUAAAUGAAAUAAAGUGUUUUAUAAAUUAAUUAUAAUAAGAUAGUGAUAUAUAUAACAAAUUGUAUUUCGAGUACAAUUCAUAAUUAGAAGAAAAAAAGUAAGACUCUCUCCAAGAUGUAAUAAAAGAAUUAGACAAGAACUUUGAAUAAUAGGGUAUUAAGUUUAGUAACAAUUUUAUUGUAUCAAGUAAAGAUAUAAUACAAUAUGAAGAUCAAAUUAAAGUUUUAUAGUUUUAAAAAUACAAGAAUAAAUAAAAGUAACCAGAUAAUAAUUAACAAGACAAUCAGAAAUUAAAUUAUAAAAGUAAUAUGUAAAUCAAAACAAAUGAUAUGAAUGAUGAUUCAGGUACAAUCAAAUUUAAUACAGAAAAAAAUAUAAUUUUGCAAUAAUAACAGCCAUAAAGUGAUUUUAAUGAAAAAGAUUCUAUCAAAAUUUCUUAUAUUAAUUUAGAGGUUUAAAAUAGCAGCUUAAAAGCUAUUGAGGAUUCACCUAAAAUAUAAUACGUUUAAAAUACUCCAAUUACAUAUGAUUAAGACAACCCCAUUUCAACAAUAUUAAAAAAUGGAAAAGGUCAGACUAUUUAAUCAAAUGGAAAAAUAUAUAUUAAAACUAUAUCAAGUGAUUAAAAAAAGGGAAUUUCAAAUGAUUAAAUCCUUAGCAGUCAUCUUAUAGUUGAUGAUUAAUGUAAAAUGGAGAUGAAUAAUUAAUAAGAUGAAUUGAAUGUUGCCAAAAAAGUAAACUUCUCAAACCAAUUAACAUAAAACUAUUAAAACUUGAGAUCAAAAGAUUUAAAAGGUGAAAAGUUUCAACCAUCUAAGGUUGAGUUUGAAAACGAAGUUUUUAUUGGACUUGAUAUGUAUAAAAACUUUGUUUACUACUUUCCUCAUAAUAAUUUAGAAUAAAUACUUAUUAUAUAUAAUAAAUUGAAAACUAAAAGAAUUUUUAAAAAGAUUGUUAACAAAAGAUUCUAAAAAAGAUGA